AUGUCAUCAGAUGAAGAAGAACGUUUACUUAAAAAACAUGUUUUUAAAAAUCCAGUUGAAGUACAAAAAGCUCGACUAGAACGUUUAAUGAAAAAUGUAGAAAAACCUGUAUUUAUACCAGAAACAAAGGAUAUGAAACCGCCACGAGCUUUUCAACCACAUGAAUUCGUACGCAAUGUCAUGGGGGCUAGUGCCGGUGCUGGUUCAGGUGAAUUUGAUAUUUAUCGUGGAUGUCGUCGACGUCAAAUGAUUCGAGAAGCAUUUCUCAGUCGUGAAGCUAAAGAGAAAGAAGCUAAUGCAGAAUGGGUGAAAAAAGUUGAAACAAAUAAGCAAAAAGCCGAAACUCAAACUGCUAAAAAACGACGAAAACGUUUGAAACGUAAAGACAAUACAAAAGGUAAAAAACCUACAGGUAAUCAAAAUUCAAAUAAAACAAAUGAAAGUACUUCAUCAUCAAGUGACGAAGAAGAUGAAGAAACAACAAAAUUGGAAACAAAUACUUCAGAUGCUCCAGUAUCAAAUACGGAAGAGAACCAAACAGUGAAAGAGUCGACGCCAUCACCACCACCUGUACAACAACAUGAGAAAACCAAUAUUCGGAAAAAUUUAAGACACAGACAAGCAAAUUCAAGUGAUGAAGAAGACGACAAAAAAAGACGAAGCAACUAA